GAAUCACGGCAGUACAUGAUAACGCUGUGAUUUUCGUCGGAAAUUUCCGUUACGAAUGGCCGCCUUGGGAACCCCGUCUCCCGUCAGUAUCACCGUCCUCUCUUGUUCGCCGUCAAUCCCGUGGUGUCACCGUCCGUCCCAUUGUUUCCGCGAUCGCAGCGUCAAACUAAUCCUGCCACCUGAGGUUGGAGCCUUAUCUGAAAGAACCAUAAGACCAUUUCCGAAGAGGCUGACAUUGACGCGUAAUUCAGUUCGACCUUUCCAUGUUAGGUCGCAGCUGAAAUGCCCCAUCGUAUCUCCUGAUGAUCACUGGGGCACAUGGUCCGCUCUCUUCACCAUUGGCGCUUUUAGUCUCUGGUCGGAGAAGACCAAGAUUGGAAGCAUGGUAAGUGCUGCCCUGGUGAGCACCUUUGUUGGCCUUGCAGCAAGUAAUUUAGGAAUACUUCCUUAUGAUGCACCGGCUUAUUCAUUUGUUUUGGAGUUUCUGCUGCCCUUAGUUAUUCCAUUGCUAUUAUUUAGAGCAAAUUUGCGCCACGUGGUGAACUCGACGGGGACACUACUGUUAACUUUCUUGCUUGGUUCAGUUGCUACUAUUGUUGGAACUCUAAUAGCAUUCUUGAUAGUGCCAAUGCGAUCUCUUGGUCCUGACAACUGGAAAGUGGCAGCAGCUCUCAUGGGUAGCUAUAUUGGUGGAUCUGUUAAUUAUGUUGCUAUUUCAGAGGCACUUGGUGUGUCUGCUUCAGUUUUAGCUGCUGGAGUGGCUGCAGACAAUGUUAUUUGUGCCACACAUAUUAUGGUAUUGUUUGCAUUGGCUUCUAAAAUACCUCCUGAAGCUCCAGCCUCAACCACUGAUGAUGCGAUGUAUAGGGAGAACAAUGAUGAGAACAAGAUAACCGUCUUGCAGUUUGCUGCUGCACUUGCUACAUCGUUUCUAGUAUGUAAAGCUGCUGAAAGCCUAACAAAAUUCUCUGGAAUUCACGGAGCAACUCUUCCCGGAGUUACAGCAAUCAUAGUCAUUUUAGCCACUCUACUCCCAAGGCAGAUCGGUUCCCUUGGACCUGCUGGUCACACUGCUGCACUGGUUUUGAUGCAGGUAUUUUUUGCAGUGACUGGAGCUAGUGGGAGUGUGAGGACUGUCAUCAAGACUUCCCCAAGUAUUUUCAUGUUUGCUCUAAUCCAAGUAACCAUCCAUCUUGUUGUAGUUCUUGGGUUGGGAAAGUUGUUUGGGUUUGAUUUGAAACUGUUACUGUUAGCAUCCAAUGCCAACAUAGGAGGUCCUGCGACUGCCUGUGGGAUGGCCAAAGCAAAAGGGUGGGAAUCUCUAGUGGUUCCUGGCAUUCUUGCAGGCAUUCUUGGCAUUUCCAUUGCUACUUUCGUCGGCAUUGGAUUUGGAGUUAUGGUUCUCAAGCACCUUUAAGGUUCAAUAACAAGCAUUACAGCAACCUAUCUGAACUCAUGAUAUUUUUCUUCCGGAUGAAGAUUUUAAUGUUGUCUAAGAUAUCAUUUUGCUUAUAGCUGAUGGUGACUGCUUUCA